UCGCUUGUGCUCGUUUCGAGCGGCGCGGCGCGGCGGCGGACUGGUUCGCGGGAGGCUGGUAAAAGCGGCGCGGGAGCAGGCAGCGUGCAGUCAGCGCCAGCGACGUCUGCCGCGCGCACGCACCAUGCUCCUAGCUCUCGCCUGCCUGUUCGCGACCGCGGCCGCCGCGCCAGCCCUGCCCGCCGGCUCCGAGACCUACGACCAGCGCCAGGAUGGCGAAUUCAACGUGCGAGCGGACGUGCAGAAUGUCGUGCUGCUCGUCGCCAUUCCCAACAAGCUGCCGCUCGACUUAGUGUUCGACAUGUUCUCGAAAGACAACAGCGACAGCAAGUGGGACGAUCAUGAUCUGCAGGACAGGUCUGAUGUUCAUGUGAUGGACGCGUUCGUUGAGCCCAGCACGCCGUACCGCGUCGAGAUCGGAGCCGCCGAGAGGUCUGCCGGUGACGGCCGUGCAGCCGAGGUGGUGAUUGCGGGACGCCGCCGUUUGGAAGCUGACUCACAGGAGCGUGACGAGCUGAAACUUCUAGGAGCCACGGAGAACUGCGGGCCAGAGCGCAUGCGGGACCCCGAUACCCUCGUGUGUGUAGACCGACCUGCUAAAGACAUCGUUGAAACAACGCCAGAAAACGACAAGGACAACAAAGUAGAAACACAGAAAGCCCCAGAAGUAGUGCCGUCAUAGAUCUCCGAGUUCAAGUAGAUUUAGUUAAUUUAUUUAGCUUUAAGGUUGCCAUGUAAUUAUUUAUUUGUUAUAAAUAUAGUCCUUUUUCUUACA